GUCACACAGUCCAUAUAUGAAACAAGAAAGUGGGUUCAUUGUAAACUCGAGGAAACAGUCUAUGAAGAAGAAAGUUUUGUAUUGUCUAUUGACCUCAAAUUUAUAUUAAGCUACGACACAACACACUAACUGCACCUAAAUUAUACAUAUUGUUGCUUUUGUUCUUCAAACAUCUUUCAAAACCAGCUCAAGUUUGAGAUGGGUAAUUGCUGGGGAACUUUUUCCAAAAAGGCUGAUCCUACUGCUCCUAGUACCACCUCCAUCCAAAAUCCCCCAAGCUCAGGGCUGUCAAACAAUUUCAGCCACACUACAGAGAUAUCAGCCGGUAGUAGUACUUUAGAUAGAAGUCAGUUUUCUGAGGCUGUUAAUGAAAGUGGAGAGGAAGCAACUGCAGAUGGACAAAUUUUGGAUACACCAAACUUGAAAAUGUUCAGUUUUGCUGAUUUGAAGCUUGCAACUAAGAACUUCAAGUCUGAUACUUUGGUAGGGGAAGGUGGUUUUGGAAAAGUUUAUAGAGGUUGGAUUGAUGAGAAGACAUUUGCUCCUUCUAAAAGUGGUAAUGGAAUGGUGGUUGCCAUCAAGAAAUUGAGCCCAGAAAGUAUGCAAGGGUUUGAAGAAUGGCAGUCAGAGGUGAACUUUCUUGGAAGACUUUCUCAUCCCAACCUUGUCAAGCUAUUGGGAUAUUGUUGGGAGGAUAAAGAGCUUCUCCUUGUGUAUGAAUUCAUGCAAGGGGGAAGCCUAGAAAAUCAUCUUUUCAGAAGAAAUCCUUCUAUUGGACCACUAUCUUGGGAUAUUCGGCUUAAAAUUGCCAUUGGAGCAGCUCGAGGACUAGCUUUUCUACAUACCUCAGAAAAAAUAGUCAUUUAUCGAGAUUUCAAGGCCUCUAAUAUACUGCUUGAUGGGCACUUCAAUGCGAAAAUUUCAGAUUUUGGCAUGGCAAAAUUGGGGCCUGCUGGUGGACAGUCCCAUGUCACAACCAGGGUUAUGGGCACAUAUGGUUAUGCUGCCCCGGAGUAUAUUGCAACAGGUCAUUUGUAUGUGAAGAGCGAUGUAUAUGGCUUUGGGGUGGUGCUGCUCGAAAUGUUGACAGGUUUAAGGGCACUUGAUGCAGACCGCCCGAACGGCCAGGAAAAUUUAGCUAAUUGGAUGAAGCCAAUGCUCUCUCAGAAAAAGAAGCUGAAAAACAUAAUGGAUGCACGGAUAAAGGGGCAAUAUUCAAAAAAGGCAGCACAUCAGGCAGCACAGCUUGCUCUAAAAUGCCUGCAGGAAGUUCCUAAAAAGCGCCCCUCCAUGAAAGAAGUUGUGGAGAUUUUGGAGCAGGUUGAAGUAAUUAAAAAUAUUCCCAGGAACUCGGUGUUUAGCUCUUCGCGCCCUACUUCUUAGCACAAAGCUGAAUGAACCCGCUUCUUUAGUAGGGUACCCAAACAUACUCAUCUUUGAUAGGACCCGUUGGUGACAUGAUGGGCCCAUAGAUAGCCUCCACCAAUGGUGGACCACCAUGCUCUCCCUCCUCACUACAAUUAUUUUAACAACCUUUGAGUCUCUUCAGCGACCCCAUUUAUUCUUGUUUGCUUUCUUGUGGCGUUUUCUUUGGCAAACUUUGUAGCCAACUAAUUCCUUGCCAUGUGUGUAUCUUUAUUAAUUUCUUCCCAAGUCAGUAACAAAUGCAGUAAAAACAGACAAAUUUAAGUUCAA